AUGGAACGCUUUAUACAGCAGCAUUGCUCAAAAAUCACUCAGCAACUUUCUGUUUCAUCAUUAACCUGAGCAUAUACUUUCAAAAAAAGAAUUAUCACGAGAUGAACACCAGACUCUGCCAUAGGGAUAAUUGGGUAUUUAAGAGGAUUCUGGAAAGGAUUAGCUGCAAGCGCUACCAGUUCUGUGGGACGAUUAAUGAACCAUUAUUCAUUCUCUUUAUUAACCAGGAUUAGUGAAGUUUAAAAAGUUAGAAUAAAAGGUUUUUUUAAAAAGAUGAUUUCUGUGGAGCUGCUCACCUACUUGUUCAGUGUGGUCUGCAUAGUGACAGUCCAUGCCCAGUUCCCCAGGGAGUGUGUGCAGUUGGAGGUAUUGCUGAGUGGGGAGUGCUGCCCUGCCCUCACCGCCGACCCCACCGAUCGCUGCGGCUCCAGCCUGGCCCGGGGCACUUGCGCCGAUAUUCGGGCUGACCCGGCUCGGCACGGCCCGCAGUACCCGCACGAUGGCUUGGAUGACCGGGAGCGCUGGCCCCUCCGCUUCUUCAACCGCAGCUGCCGCUGCACCGCCAAUUUCCACGGCCACAACUGCGGCAGCUGCCGCUUCGGCUGGAGCGGGGCCAACUGCCAACAGCCGGUCUUGGUGCAGCGGCGGGACGUGCACAGCCUGAGCCCCCGGGAGAGGCAGCGCCUGGUCCAGGCUCUGCACCUCGCCAAGCUCACCCCUCACCCCGAGCUGGUGGUGGCAACUCGCCACCUCUCCAACAUCACCGGGCCCGACGGUCAGAGCCCGCAGUUCCAAAACAUCUCCAUUUACAACCUGUUCGUCUGGACUCACUACUACUCGGUGAGUAAGACCUACCUGGGAGGAGGGCGGACCUUCAGUGGCAUCGACUUCUCUCAUGAGGGGCCCGCUUUUCUCACCUGGCAUCGCUACCACCUGUUGCAGCUAGAACGGGACAUGCAGGUAAUGCUGCGGGACCCCACUUUUGCACUCCCAUACUGGAAUUUUGCCACUGGAAGGAAUACCUGUGACAUCUGCACUGAUGAUCUGAUGGGAGCCAGAAGCAAUUUUGACCCUAUCCUCAUAGGUUCUAACUCAAUCUUUUCCCGGUGGCGAAACCUAUGUGAAAAUUUGGAAGACUAUGAUACCCUGGGAACUAUUUGCAAUGACACUGAAGGUGGUCCUAUCCGCCGGAAUCCAGGUGGGAAUUUUGCAAGACCGAUGGUGCAGCGUCUCCCUGACGCCCAGGAUGUAGCAAAAUGUUUAGAUGUAUCUGCUUAUGACACGCCACCCUUCUACUCCAAUUCAGCAGACAGUUUCCGCAACACAGUGGAAGGUUAUAAUGAUCCUUCAGGAAGGUAUGAUCCAACAGUUCGCAGUUUACAUAAUCUGGCACAUUUAUUUCUGAACGGCACUGGCGGACAAACCCACUUGUCCCCAAAUGACCCUAUCUUUGUUUUAUUGCACACAUUUACUGAUGCAAUAUUUGAUGAGUGGUUGAAGAGGAGUAAGGCAGAUUUAUCUGUCUUUCCGUUUGAAAAUGCUCCCAUAGGACAUAAUCGAGAGUACAGUAUGGUUCCUUUUUGGCCUCCUGUUACCAAUGCAGAAAUGUUUGUGACAGCAGCUGAAAAUCUUGGCUACACCUAUGAUGUUCAAUGGCCAAAUCAGCCACUCUCGUUGUUGGAGAUAAUAGCGGUGGGGAUUGUGGCUGCUCUAGUGUUGGUGGCUAUUGUUUUCACUGUCUCUACAUUAGCAUUACGCAACAAAAGAAGACGCUUCGCUGCAAGUGAGCUGAAUCAACCUCUCUUACAGACUCCGUAUCAACAGUACUCAGAUUAUGAUGUAUCAACAGUACCCCAAAGAGCCCCACCUUCUGCUAUCUGACUUUUUUUGUGCUUUCAUACCGUACCGAUCUGUUUCAAGAAAACAGACUGACUUCCUGUAACUGAGUUCAGUUCAAAGAUCAAUGUGAAGUAAACUGUAGAACUUCUAAACUCCAGGCCUGCUGUAGCAAUAGAUGAACAAAGCCACCUACAAUGAAAAUGGUUGCUUAUGGCUUAUUGGUAGUUAGGGCUUUCAGUAGGGUUUAAAAUUUAGACGUAUUGGUGAUAUUUUGUAGACCACAAAGUUAACUGUUCUGCUAAACUGUAUCUUCAAAAAAUUGUAACUUCAAUAAACUUGUAUUAAUAAUCUCA